UAUAAUUUAACCACAAUGCCAAUUAAUUUUACUUCCUGGCAAAUUUGGAUAUCUACAGUACCGCAACAAACGACAGGACAAGAAAAAUUUCAGCGCCUGAAAGUCGAAGAUGCUCUUAGUUACUUGGAUCAAGUAAAAUACAAGUUUGGAAACCAACCACAAGUGUACAAUGAUUUUUUGGAUAUCAUGAAGGAAUUUAAAUCACAAAGUAUUGACACUCCAGGAGUAAUUCAGCGAGUGUCAAAUCUAUUUAAGGGUCACCCCGAACUGAUUGUUGGAUUUAAUACAUUUUUACCACCUGGAUAUAAAAUAGAAGUGCAAGCAAAUGAUCAAGGUGUUGCAUUUCAAGUAUCUGUUUCGAUGCCAUCCCCAUCAGGGGGAAAUAUUUGUUUACAGCAACCAACGUCGCCUCACCGUGGAAACCAAUUAAUACAUAAUAUGCAAAAUCCUACAAUUCAUCAAAUUUCUGAAAGACAACCAAUCUACCAAUUAGGUCCACAGCAAUCACAGCCCCAAACACAGACUUCUUCUUCCAUGUCCUCACAAUCCAAUUUCGCGGCAAUCUCACAACAACAGCAUUCACAACAGCAAGGUGGAGUAGGGUCUUCAAUUAGUGUCGUAGCGGGAAACACAGUAACACAAGUCAACACCGUAUCUGCGAACAAGCCACCUUUGGGCCAUAGUUUACACCAUAUUUCACCUCCGCCUCAAUCGAUUGCAACUGAUGUAAAUAGUGGUCAUAAUCUUCACCACAUUUCACAGGCACAUCAGUCUAUAAUUCAGGCUGAACAAGCAGGAUCUAAUCAAAAUCAAAAUCAACCAGUUGAGUUCAAUCAUGCAAUAUCGUAUGUUAAUAAAAUAAAGAUACGCUUUCAAGCACAACCAGAGAAAUAUAAGCGGUUUUUGGAAAUAUUACAUGCUUAUCAGAAAGAACAAAAAGUUCUAAAAGAAGGAUCAGGUAAUUUGCCACCAAAACAGUUAACUGAAGCAGAAGUAUAUAGUCAAGUGGCGAAACUAUUCGAUCAACAAGAAGACCUGUUGCGUGAAUUUGGUCAAUUUUUGCCAGAUGCUACAAAUCAUUCAGCAACCCAGUUCAUAAAUCGUGGAUCUCACGGGCAUAAUGAUAAAAAAGUAAAUACAUCAUCGUCUGGAACGCACCAGACAACAGUGAAGUCAUUUAAUAAUUCUCAGAAUAACUUGUCACGAAUCGAUCGCGAUUAUCAUACAUCCGGCGAAAAGGACUUCCGAAAUAGUGGUCUUGAUAAAGACCGUAGUAAUCAUGUCGCUCCGAAAUUUGGUGGUGGUGCCGUAAAACGUUCACCUUCUUAUCCUUCAAUGCAAGUGAAUCACUUGGUACGCGAUCGAGAUGGUCCAUCUCCACCGAAACGCCAUAAGCCAAUUUGUCGAGACGUUACAUUAUCGGAGGCUUCAAAGUUUGGAUCCCUCAAUGAUUAUGCCUUCUUUGAUAAGGUUCGAAAAGCACUACGCAGCCCUGAAGUAUACGAUAAUUUCUUACGAUGUUUAACACUAUUUAACCAAGAAAUAAUUUCAAGAAUAGAACUAGUACUAUUGAUAACUCCGUUUCUUAGCAAAUUUCCUGAACUCCAUCGAUGGUUCCAGGAUUUCUUGGGUUCACAAAGUAGUUCUGAAGGAAUCUCACUGGCAACCUCUCAAAGACAAGAUCGUAAUCAGGGUGAAAUGGCACAAGAAAUUGAUUUAUCAACGUGUAAGCGACUAGGUGCGAGCUAUUGUGCACUUCCAAAGACUAGUGAAUCUCGUAAGUGCUCUGGUCGAACAAAUUUAUGUCGAGAAGUUCUCAAUGACACAUGGGUGUCAUUUCCAACUUGGGCGGAGGACUCAACAUUUGUCACUUCACGCAAAACACAAUAUGAAGAAAUAAUUUAUCGAUGUGAGGAUGAACGCUUCGAAUUAGAUGUGGUUAUUGAAACAAAUGCAGCCACUAUACGUGUGCUUGAAGGAGUUCAGAAAAAAAUAUCAAGAAUGUCCCAAGAUGAACUUUUGAAAUUUAAACUAGACGAUUGUCUAGGUGGGAACUCUCCAACUAUUCAUCAACGUGCAUUAAGGCGUGUAUAUGGUGAUAAAGCUCCAGAUAUCAUUCAAGGACUUAAAAAAACUCCACAAAUUGCUGUGCAAGUGGUACUUCGAAGAUUAAAAGCCAAAGAUGAAGAAUGGCGAGAGGCCCAGAAGAGCUUUAAUAAACAAUGGCGUGAGCAAAACGAAAAAUAUUACCUCAAAUCAUUAGAUCAUCAAGGCAUCAAUUUUAAGCAGAACGAUAUCAAAGCAUUGCGAUCAAAAAGUUUAUUCAAUGAUAUUGAAACUCUCUAUGAUGAGCGCCAUGAACAAAACGACGAUAACACCGAAGUUGUUUGUGGACCACAUCUUAUACUACCAUAUAAGGAUAAAAGUAUAUUAGAUGAUGCAGCAAAUCUUUUGAUACAUCAUGUUAAACGACAAACAGCAGUUCAAAAGCAAGAAAAAACUCGAAUAAAACAUAUUUUAAGGCAGUUUGUUCCAGAUCUAUUCUUCUGGCCACGUCAGCAGCUCAGUGAUGAUGAACGCGAUGACGAAGACAAAGAUAUGGAUUUUCAAUCAUCAGAAAAUCAUCGAAAUAUAAUAGUGGCGGCAAAACCAGACACCCAAUCAAAUGGUAGUAAUAAUAAUUUGGUAGCACCACCAAGAAAAACAUGUGGAACUGAAGACAUUAAGGAAACAGAUGGUACAAGUUGCACUAAAACGAUCAAUAAAACAGAUGAAACAACGACUGUAAACACUGAACAAAAGUCACCGAAAAACUCUGACAGUGUAUCGUCUGAAAUACAUCUUUCAAAACCGGAUUUUUCUUUCCGAGACGCUACUUCAUGUGCCAUUAAUGACGAAAGUAACCAAACAAGCAACAUUUCAACAGUUGUUGAAUCUGAAAUAUCAUCAGAAAUAAAGCAAGAAAGUUCUUGUAAUUCGCUUGAUGAUCUAUCACCUUCAUAUGCUCUUAACAAAAUGCAGGAGGAAGCAUAUACAUUAUUCUUUGCAAACACGAAUUGGUAUUUAUUUUUGCGGCUGCAUGCAAUUCUAUGUGAACGAUUGCGAAAUAUGUAUGAACGUGCUCAAUUAUUAGCUUCGGAAGAACAGAACAACCGAGGAAACCGGCGAGAAUCCACAGCAGUGGCCCUUCGUCUAAAACCAAUGUCGGAUGUUUUAGUUGAAGAUUACUAUCCAACAUUCCUUGAUAUGUUAAAAAGUGUAUUGGACGGUAAUAUGGAUUCAAAUCAUUAUGAAGAUUCGUUACGUGAAAUGUUUGGCAUUCAUGCGUAUACUGCAUUCACAUUAGAUAGGGUUGUUCAAAAUGCUGUGCGUCAAUUGCAACACUGUGUAACUGAACGUAAUGCAAUCGAAGUUGUGGAAUUGUUCCAACAAGAGCAACGUAAAAAUGGUGCAGGUGGUUAUCUCAAAACUGCUAAUAAACGAACUACUGUUGAAAUGGCAUACCAACGAAGGGCCGAGAACAUUCUACAAGAUGAGAAUUGUUUUAAAGUGUACAUAUAUAAAAUUGAUUGUCGAGUCACGAUAGAACUUCUUGACACCGAAAGUGAAGAAAACGAAAAAAAUACACAAAAUGCGAAAACACGGAAUAUUUAUGUUGAUCGUUUAACAAAUCCAGUACAAACCAUUGUGACAGAUGCAACAAAUCAAUCUAGUGGAAAAAUUACAAGAUCAACAAUUACUUCAAGUGGUGAUAAUUCGUUAGCCAUUAAAGAAGAAAAGUUAGAUGAAGAGGUCAAACAAGAGGUGUAAUAAAAUGAACAAAUUAUUGAACGUAGAAAUAUCAAAAUAGCGAACACACAAUGCCAAAAGAUGCCAUAUCAAAUAGAAUCGACAUUCAGUUCUAUAAUAUACAAUAAAAAAUUAAAUCAAGAAUCAUAAAAGCUAUUGGAGAAAACACACAGGCAUAAGGUUCAAAGAUAAGAAACUUCUAUUUUAACACGAAAAUGAUUAAUUCUCUUUUAAUUCAUUUUUCAUUCCAUUUAAGAAGUGAAAAUAAUAAUUUAGACUCCGUCUAUAAGACAUCACACUUUUCGUGCAUAAACAAUGUUAAACUAAAAAAUAUCUGUGACAUCUGCUUUAUCGAAUUUUUACUUUACCAAUUAUAACUUUAAAUACGAAUUGUAUAUAUGAAUAGAGUAAAGUUGAAAAUAAAUUCAUGAAAUGAAACGCA